AUGCAAGAUGUAGCAACCCGCUCCAGUAGCACCUCCAGUGGCUACAGCGGUACGUUUACCGAGAUGAUUGCGGCUGUUGAGCCGGGUUUUAGCCGAUGGAAGCUUCUCUGGAAAUUUGCGCUAGAGCUCGGCGACUUGGCACAUGCGCUCCUACGUAGCACGCCACCUCCAUCAUUCAACAACGGCACGGCUUGCUCUUGGAUCAAUUCUCAUCAUAGCCGGCCCUCUGCUCGUCCGGGGCUCAGAAAUCGUCCCGAAAACAUCCAUUGGACCCUGCCUGGCUACGCUCUCCCCAUCCCCUUGUCCUUUGACACCCGCAAUUCUCGAGAUCCUCGUGAGUGCUCCGAGCCAGCUCUCGGAGCUCCUCAAUCCGCACCGCAUAACAUCGCCGCCAUGAUCCCGCGCUCGCGCGUCUCCGGGCGUCUCCUGCUCAGCCGCUCGACCGUGCGCACCGCGCCGUCGACGAGUUUGCGAAUAGUCGCCGCCGGCUUCCCUGCCGUCGCUCGCUACACACAACAACACGCCGCCCGCGCUCGGAGAUGGCAGCCCGCGCCCGCCCAACACCGCAUAACCGCGCUGUAUUUUUCAACCUCGACCCUCUUGAGUAAAGAAAAGGACAAGCCGAGCAAGUUUUUCGACUCGUCGGCCGAGCCCGAGACCACCGAGCCGCUCUCCGAAGAAGAGGUCAAGGCCAACCUCGAGAAUAAGAACAAGGAAGCGGCCGCCGCCGAAAACCCCGCAAGCGAGCCCAAGGACGCCGACACCGACGCCAAUAUUUCGGCAAAGAGCGAUAAUACUGCUUCGCAGGUGCAGGAGAACAAGGCUGGUAGUAGCGCGGCCGGUGCUGCGGGUGCUGGCUCCGGUGACGGCUCUGGUGACGGAGGCAAGCGAGGACGCAAUAAGUCUUCAGAAAAAGCCCUGCAAAAACCUGUUGUGCCUGAUGUCUACCCACAAGUGCUAGCUAUCCCGAUUGCUCGCCGACCGCUGUUCCCCGGAUUCUACAAGGCCAUCACCAUCAAAGACCCCGAUGUCGCCACCGCCAUUACCGAGUCGAUUAAGCGCGGCCAGCCGUACGUCGGUGCUUUCCUCUUCAAGGACGAGAAUGAAGACGAAGACGUCAUCCGGAAUGUCGAAGAUGUAUACGACGUCGGCGUUUUUGCCCAGAUUACGAGCGCCUUUCCCAUCCACGGCCAAGAAGGCGCCCUUACUGCGAUCCUAUACCCUCACCGCCGAAUCAAGCUCUCCAGCCUCGUACCCCCGACACCUCAGCAACAACAGCAGGACGCUACAAAGGUAGAAGCAAAGAAGGAGCCUGAAGUGCCGGAGCCCAUCCCCGCAAAGGCUAGCACCGAGGAAGCAACCGCCACCGAUAAGAAGGGUGACGUUGUCGCCAGCUUCGAAGAGACGGCUGUCGACAAGAAGCCGGACCAAGUUGCAGAAAAAUACGAACCCACCUCAUUCCUCAAGAAAUACCCCGUCAGCCUGGUCAAUGUAGAGAACCUGGCAGACGAACCCUACGAUCCCAAGAGCCCCGUUAUUCGGGCUGUCACCAACGAGAUUGUCAACGUCUUCAAGGAGGUGGCUACAAUGAACAACCUGUUCCGGGAUCAAAUCUCCACAUUCUCCAUGAGCCAAUCCACUGGCAAUGUGACUUCGGAGCCGGCCAAGCUGGCGGAUUUCGCCGCCGCCGUUUCGUCCGGAGAGCAGACCGAAUUGCAAGAGGUUUUGGGCUGCAUGAAUGUUGAGGAACGCAUGCAAAAGGCGCUGAUUGUGCUCAAGAAAGAGUUGAUGAAUGCUCAACUACAAUCAAAAAUUACAAAGGAUGUCGAGAGCAAGAUUAGCAAGCGCCAACGCGAAUACUGGCUGAUGGAGCAGAUGAAGGGUAUUCGCCGCGAGCUCGGGCUCGAGUCUGACGGCAAGGACAAGCUUGUCGAAAAGUUCAAGGAAAAGGCUAACAAGCUGGCCAUGCCUGACGCCGUGCGCAAGGUCUUUGAUGAAGAGGUUAACAAACUCGCCCACCUUGAGACUGCUGCUUCGGAAUUCAACGUUACAAGAAACUACCUGGACUGGCUGACGCAGAUCCCUUGGGGCCUGCGAAGCGCUGAGAACUUUGGCAUUCCCAAUGCGAUCAAGGUUCUUGACGAGGAUCACUAUGGUCUUCAGGAUGUCAAGGACCGUAUUCUGGAGUUUAUUGCCGUCGGCAAGCUGCGAGGUUCCGUCGAAGGCAAGAUUCUCUGCUUUGUCGGUCCUCCGGGUGUGGGCAAGACGAGUAUCGGCAAGUCUAUUGCUCGCGCGCUGAAUCGUGAAUACUACCGCUUCAGUGUGGGUGGCCUUACAGAUGUUGCUGAAAUCAAGGGUCACCGCAGAACAUAUGUUGGUGCUCUGCCGGGCCGCAUUAUCCAGGCUUUGAAGAAGUGUCAGACUGAGAAUCCUCUGAUUCUCAUUGACGAAAUCGACAAGAUUGGCCGUGGCUACCAGGGCGAUCCCUCCUCUGCUCUACUAGAACUACUCGAUCCCGAACAAAACAGCUCGUUCCUGGACCACUACAUGGACGUGCCCGUCGACCUGUCCAAGGUCCUCUUUGUCUGCACUGCAAACAUGACUGACACCAUCCCGCGACCGCUGCUCGACCGCAUGGAGCUGAUAACUCUCUCCGGCUACGUUGCGGACGAGAAGAAGGCCAUUGCCAACAAAUACCUGGCGCCCGCCGCCAAAGAAGCGGCCGGUCUCAAGGACGCCAAGGUGAUUCUUACCGACGAAGCCAUUGAGGAGCUGAUCAAGGCCUACUGCCGCGAAUCGGGCGUGCGCAACCUGAAGAAGCAGAUUGAAAAGGUCUACCGCAAGUCUGCUCUCAAGAUUGUGCGGGACCUCGGCGAGGACGCUGUCCCUGAAGAAGAGGCGCUGACGGAAGAGGGCAAGGAGGCCGCAGAAGAGUCUGCCAAAAAGGCUAUGGAAGCCUCCCAGUCCGAAGGCAAGGAACAGCCCAGCACGGAAGCCAACGAGAAGGAGACAGUCCAGAAGCCGCGCGCGGCCCUCAAGGUACCCGACUCGGUCGAAGUGUCCAUUGGCAAGGACAACCUGACGGACUACAUUGGACCUCCCGUCUUCACGUCGGACCGUCUCUACGAAGUCAGCCCUGCCGGUGUCGCCAUGGGCCUGGCCUGGACGCAGAUGGGCGGCGCGGCUAUGUAUAUCGAGUCCAUCCUUCAGUCGCCUCUGCGCCAGAGCACGCGCCCCGGCAUGGAGAUUACCGGCAACCUCAAGUCUGUGAUGAAGGAGUCGACCGCCAUUGCCUACUCCUUUGCCAAGUCGUUCAUGGCGACGCAGUUUCCCGAGAAUGACUUUUUCGAAAAGGCCAAGAUGCAUCUGCACGUGCCCGACGGGGCAGUGCCCAAGGAUGGGCCGUCGGCGGGCAUCACGAUGGCGACGUCGCUGCUCUCGCUCGCGCUCGAGGCGCCCGUGAACCCGACGGUGGCCAUGACGGGCGAGCUGACGUUGACAGGCAAGGUGCUGCGCAUCGGCGGCCUCCGGGAGAAGACGGUGGCGGCGCGCCGCGCGGGCUGCACGACCAUCAUAUUCCCCAAGGACUGCAUGUCGGACUGGCUCGAGCUGCCGGCGGCCAUCAAGGAGGGCAUCGAGGGCCAUCCGGUUGAGUGGUAUAAGCAGGUGUUUGACCUCGUCUUUCCGGAUCUGGAUCUUGUCAAGGCCAACGCGAGUCGGGUGAUUCAGGACGGCAAGAAGGAGCGCGAGGCGGACGACUAA